GCGAACCCGGGCCAGCGCAAGGAUCUCCCGAGUUGCGGGUGUGCUGAGGCUGGGACUGUCACUCAUUCUGCGAUCCGCGCGUGAACGCAGCUCGGCUGCCGCUGGCAGGAAACGAUCCUGCAAGAAUAACCACGCUCAGCCCGGAGACCGUGCGCCCCGCGCCCCAGCGCCCGCCGCCGCCGUCCGCGCCCGCCGCCGUCCGCGCCGCACCGCACCGCACCGCACCGCACCCGGGGGCACGGGGCUCGCCGCCGACAGACACCCCCACAGCCCCGCCGCCGACCACAAUGCUGCGAGCCGCCGAUCUCAUCGGGACUUUGUUUUUCCUGGGAACUGCAGUUUCUCUGCAGGUGGAUAUCGUUCCCAGCCAAGGGGAGAUCAGCGUUGGAGAGUCCAAGUUCUUCUUGUGCCAAGUGGCAGGAGAUGCCAAAGACAAGGACAUCUCCUGGUUCUCCCCCAAUGGAGAGAAGCUCAGCCCAAACCAGCAGCGGAUCUCGGUGGUGUGGAACGACGACUCCUCUUCCACCCUCACCAUCUACAACGCCAACAUCGACGAUGCCGGCAUCUACAAGUGCGUGGUCACGGGCGAGGAUGGUAGCGAGUCGGAGGCCACCGUCAACGUGAAGAUCUUCCAGAAGCUCAUGUUCAAGAACGCGCCCACCCCACAGGAGUUCAGAGAGGGAGAGGACGCCGUGAUCGUGUGUGAUGUGGUCAGCUCACUCCCCCCAACCAUCAUCUGGAAACACAAAGGCCGAGAUGUCAUCCUGAAGAAAGAUGUCCGAUUCAUAGUCCUGUCCAACAACUACCUGCAGAUCCGGGGCAUCAAGAAAACAGAUGAGGGUACCUAUCGUUGUGAGGGCAGGAUCCUGGCACGGGGGGAGAUCAACUUCAAGGACAUUCAGGUCAUUGUGAAUGUGCCGCCCACUGUCCAGGCCAGGCAGAGCAUUGUGAAUGCCACUGCCAACCUGGGCCAGUCCGUCUCCCUGGCGUGUGAUGCUGACGGCUUCCCAGAGCCCACGAUGAGCUGGACAAAGGAUGGGGAACUGAUAGAGAAUGAGGAGGAUGAAGAGAAAUACAUCUUCAGUGACGACAGUUCUGAGCUGACUAUCCUGAAGGUGGAUAAGAGUGAUGAGGCUGAGUAUGUCUGUAUUGCUGAGAACAAGGCUGGUGAACAGGAUGCGUCCAUCCACCUCAAAGUCUUUGCAAAACCCAAAAUCACCUAUGUAGAGAAUCAGACUGCCAUGGAACUGGAGGAGCAGGUGACUCUCACCUGUGAAGCCUCCGGAGACCCCAUCCCCUCGAUCACCUGGAGGACUUCCACCCGAAACAUCAGCAGUGAAGAAAAGGCUUCGUGGACUCGACCAGAGAAACAAGAGACUCUGGACGGGCACAUGGUGGUGCGUAGCCACGCCCGCGUGUCAUCCCUGACCCUGAAGAGCAUCCAGUACACGGACGCCGGCGAGUACAUCUGCACAGCCAGCAAUACCAUCGGCCAGGACUCCCAGUCCAUGUACCUCGAAGUGCAAUAUGCGCCCAAGCUGCAGGGUCCUGUGGCAGUGUACACAUGGGAGGGGAACCAGGUGAACAUCACCUGCGAGGUCUUUGCCUACCCCAGUGCUACCAUAUCCUGGUUCCGAGAUGGUCAGUUACUGCCGAGCUCCAACUACAGCAACAUCAAGAUCUACAACACCCCCUCGGCCAGCUACCUGGAGGUGACCCCAGACUCUGAAAAUGAUUUUGGAAACUACAACUGCACUGCAGUGAACCGCAUUGGACAGGAAUCCUUGGAGUUCAUCCUUGUUCAAGCAGACACCCCAUCUUCACCCUCCAUCGAUGGGGUGGAGCCGUACUCCAGCACAGCGCAGGUGCAGUUUGACGAGCCAGAGGCCACGGGCGGAGUCCCCAUCCUCAAGUACAAGGCCGAGUGGAGAGCGCUGGGUGAAGAAGUGUGGCAUUUCAAGUGGUACGAUGCCAAGGAAGCCAACAUGGAGGGCAUCGUUACCAUCGUGGGGCUGAAGCCUGAGACAUCUUACGCUGUGCGGUUGGCAGCCCUCAACGGCAAGGGACUGGGUGAGAUCAGUGCAGCCUCUGAGUUCAAGACACAGCCAGUCCGGGAACCCAGUGCACCCAAGCUCGAAGGACAGAUGGGCGAGGACGGGAACUCCAUAAAGGUGAACCUGAUCAAGCAGGAUGAUGGUGGCUCACCCAUCAGGCACUACCUGGUCAAGUACCGAGCGCUCUCCUCCGAAUGGAAACCAGAGAUCAGGCUCCCCUCUGGCAGCGACCACAUCAUGCUCAAGGCCCUCGAGUGGAAUGCCGAGUACGAAGUCUAUGUGGUGGCCGAGAACCAGCAAGGAAAAUCGAAGGCUGCUCACUUUGUGUUCAGAACCUCAGCCCAGCCCACGGCCAUCCCAGCCAAUGGCAGCCCCACCUCUGGCCUGAGCACCGGGGCCAUCGUGGGCAUCCUCAUUGUCAUCUUCGUCCUGCUCCUGGUCGUGGUAGACAUUACCUGCUACUUCCUGAACAAGUGUGGCCUGCUCAUGUGCAUCGCCGUCAACCUGUGUGGAAAGGCCGGGCCUGGAGCCAAGGGCAAGGACAUGGAGGAGGGCAAGGCCGCCUUCUCGAAAGAUGAAUCCAAGGAACCCAUCGUGGAAGUUCGAACAGAAGAGGAGCGGACCCCAAACCACGACGGGGGAAAACACACAGAGCCCAAUGAGACCACGCCACUGACAGAGCCUGAGCUGCCUGCCGACACCACAGCCACUGUCGAGGACAUGCUGCCUUCUGUCACCACCGUCACCACUAACUCUGAUACUAUCACCGAAACCUUUGCCACUGCUCAGAACAGCCCCACCAGUGAGACCACCACCCUCACUUCCAGUAUCGCCCCGCCGGCCUCUGCCACGCUGGACUCCAAUUCUGUGCCCGCUGGCCAGGCCACCCCUUCCAAGGGGUCCGGGGUCGCCGCCUCCUCCCCUCCCCCAGCCUCAGCCCCCAAGAUCGCCCCCCUUGUUGACCUAAGCGAUACCCCAACCUCAGCCCCUGCCGCUAGCAAUCUGUCCUCUAGCGUCCUGGCCAAUCAAGGAGUGGUCCUCAGCCCCAGUGCCCCGCCCAGUGUCGGGGAGGCCUCCAAGGCCCCUCCGGCCAGCAAGCCCAGCCCGCCCCCAGCCUCCGCCCCAACGGGGACGGCCAGUCCCCUAGCAUCCGUGGCUGCCCCUGCCACAGAAGCCCCCCCGGCCAAGCAGGAGCCCCCCAGCACCAAAGGCCAGGACCCAGAGCCCACCCAGCCCAACACCGUGAAGAACCCACCCAAGGGCUCCCCAGCCUCCGCUAGCCCGAAGAGCGAGGCUGCCUCCGUCACCGCCACAAACCCUUCCCAGGGCGAGGACUUAAAAAUGGACGAAGGGAACUUCAAGACCCCAGAUAUUGACCUUGCAAAGGAUGUUUUUGCAGCCCUGGGCUCUCCUGCUGCUGCUGCCGCCGGGGCCAGUGGACAAGCCCCUGAGCUUGUAUCUUCCACUGCCGAGAGCUCUGUCCCACCGGCACCAGCAAAGAUCGAGAAGGGCCCUGUAGAAGCAAAGUCCGACAGCCAGGAGUCAGAAGCCAAGCCAGCGCCAGCCGAAGCCAAGACCGUCCCCAACGACACCACACAAACAAAGGAAAAUGAAAGCAAAGCUUGAUGAGCGCCAGGAAAAGUGUCACAGUGGCUUCACCAGAGUGUUUCCCAAUGUCACACACACGCACACACACACGUGUGCGCACACACACACAGACACACACACAGAAUCUCAUUCCUCUAGUGUCUUUUGCCUUUAAAAAGAAAAGAAAAGAAAACUAAACAGAUAAACAUAGGACCUCCUUUUUGUAGGUUUAUAGAAAGAGCUCCUUUGUUGCAAGAAAAUGAGACAAAAGGUUAAACUCAAACUAGGACACUCUGUUCCCUGAAACCAUUUAAAAAUCAAACAAAGGACCCCAAAUUAAGAAUCUAGGAAGCUCAGAAAAAAAAAAAAAUCUAGGUUCAGGAAGACCAUACUUGGUAUAACCCAAUUGGCACAGACCGGUUUUCAGAAUGAAAACGAAACGAAACAAAAAACUUCCAGUCACUAAGCCUAACUGGAUGAACAAAGUCCACACUUUAUUUUUAUACUUUCAGUCAAGUUGGACGUCUGUCAAACCUCAUAAAUAAGUUAUAAUUUCUGUUCACGUUGUAUUUCUCCCGUAUGCAAAGUGUGUCGCCCUUUCUAGCUGAAUUCAUUUCCCCACAUAGACGCUUAUUAUUUCAUAAUUAUGCCAAAUUACAACUUCUUGGGGGCGAAGGGUCCUCCAUUUUCAGCAUUCAGAUUUCUUUGACUUCUUUUUUUCUUUCCUUUCUUCACCCCCUCUUCUUUCCUUUCUGACAUCGUUGUUUUCCAGUGUUUACAAGGUGAUAUAUGUUUGACUUCAGUUCUGUUUAAUUGUCCAUGUUAAAAAAAAUACUGCCUUUUUUUUUUUUUUUAAGUAACAAAUAUCGCCUAGAGGCAGCCUUAUUUCAUGAACAUGGGCCAACUUUGAUUCAGGCCACUCUUCUUCCCUGUCCUCAUUUGCAAUUUUUGCCUGCGUCCAACUCAGGUAGAAAUCCAUCUCAUUCUGAAAUUGUUUUGCCUUUGGAUUUUUGGUUCCUUUUGGUGAUCCUUCAGAGGUUGGACCACUUUCUGAUUAGCUACCGCCUGCCUGCGUCUGUAACAAAGAAUCUGACUCAUGAGCACUCAAAUGCUUUGUUGAAUGAAGCAGAAAAGAUUGUAUAGUUGGGGCUGGUCUUGGUGAUCACAUAUUUUGACCCCAAACAUCCCUUUUUUUUAUUUUGUAGAAAGCCAAAUAUAAUAUAUACAUACCAUUUUCUUUCGAGCCUAGAAUCUAGAUUUGAGCAGAAGAGCAUGUCCGCUUCAGGGAAUUGGUGUCAUUUUUUUUUUUUUGGAAAUCUGUUGAAGUACCAUUGGCCUUCUGUUCACUUAAGCAGCGUUUGUUUAAAAAACAAACAGGAAAAAAAAAAGGAAACAAAACAAAUUGCUAUCUGGAGUCAUAACACAACUUUCCUGGAUUGGAAA